GUCGCCAUUUUGAAGUAAACAGGCGGUGGGCGGUUGCGCGGGCAGCGGUUGGCUGUUGUCCCUCAGCUGCCGACCAGAGUGGCUUCUUGGCGAGGCCCCCCUCUUGUGACUGGCGGGGCCGCUGAUGAGGAGGAAGCGGCGGCGGAGGAGGAGGCGGUGGCAGGAAGGACUGAGGGGCCCCGGAUAAGCGACGCGGAGGACGGGAGCUGCCUCCGACAGAAUGAAACGAGGCAGAAAAAACAGCAAGACCAGCAAUCAUUUAUCAAAUGAGAAUACAGCAGAUGGCAAAAAAGUGAAAAUUACUGAUGAAGAAUCUGCUGAAGUAUUUCAGGGCCCUGACUGGGGGAGCCUAAUUCCAGAUAUUCUACUGCAGGUGUUCCAGUAUUUGCCUCUUCUUGACCGUGCUCAUGCAGCCCAAGUCUGCCGUGUGUGGAACAAAGUGUUCCACAUGCCUGAAUUAUGGAGAUGCUUUGAAUUUGAACUGAAUCAGCCAGCUACAUCUUACUUCAAGGCUACUCAUCCAGACCUCAUCAAGCAAAUUAUUAAAAGACAUUCCAAUCAUCUACAAUAUGUCAGCUUCAAGGUGGACAGCAGCAAGGAAUCGGCUGAAGCAGCUUGUGAUAUCUUAUCACAGCUUGUGAACUGUUCUUUAAAAACACUUGGACUAAUUUCCACUGCUCGACCAAGCUUCAUGGAUUUGCCAAAGUCACACUUUAUUUCUGCACUGACCGUGGUGUUUGUAAACUCCAAAUCACUUUCUUCACUUAAGAUAAAUGAUACACCAGUAGAUGAUCCAUCUCUUAAGGUCCUAGUUGCUAACAACAGUGAUACUCUGAAACUGUUGAAGAUGAACAGUUGUCCUCAUGUUUCUCCAGCAGGUAUCCUGUGUGUGGCUGAUCAGUGUCAUGGUUUACGUGAGCUGGCGUUGAACUACCACCUGCUGAGCGAUGAGCUCCUCCUUGCUUUGUCUUCUGAAAAACACGUCAGAUUAGAACACUUGCGCAUUGAUGUAGUCAGUGAAAACCCUGGACAGACGCACUUCCAUACAAUUGAGAAGAGCAGUUGGGAUGCUUUCAUCAAACAUUCUCCCAAAGUGAACUUAGUCAUGUAUUUUUUCUUAUACGAAGAAGAGUUUGAUCUAUUCUUCCGAUACGAAAUACCAGUCACUCACCUUUAUUUUGGGAGAUCAGUAAGCAAGGAAGUGCUUGGCCGGGUUGGGAUGACUUGUCCUCGCUUGGUUGAACUGGUGGUGUGUGCCAAUGGAUUACGGCCACUGGAUGAAGAGUUGAUUUGCAUUGCAGAGCGCUGUAAGAAUCUGUCAGCUAUUGGCCUUGGGGAGUGCGAAGUCUCCUGCAGUGCCUUUGUGGAGUUUGUUAAGAUGUGUGGUGGCCGCCUGUCUCAGUUGUCUAUAAUGGAGGAAGUCUUGAUUCCUGACCAGAAGUAUAGCUUGGAGCAGAUUCAUUGGGAAGUGUCAAAACAUCUUGGUAGAGUUUGGUUUCCAGACAUGAUGCCCACAUGGUAGUCUCUGACAAAGGCAGGGCACAUGGAAAAGCACCUUACAUUUUGAGCAUGCCAUGUUGCAGCUUAAUCAUAUACAGUGGUGCCUCGCUUAACGAAUGCCCUGCUUAACGAAAUUUCCACUUAACGAAAGGUUUUUUCUAGUGGAGGUUGUCUCACUAGACGAAUUUGUUUUACGAAAAAUUCGUCUAGCAAAUCGCGGUUUCCCAUAGGAAUGCAUUGAAAUUCAAUUAAUGCGUUCCUAUGGGCAAAAAAAAAAUUAAUGCAUUCCUAUGGGAUUCGCUAGACGAAUUUUUCGUUAUAAGAAAAGACCUGUGGAAUGAAUUAAAUUCGUCUAGCGAGGUACCACUGUAAGCUAAUUUGUAGUUUGCAAUGUGUUCUAGAAAACUCACAUACUACUUAAUUUUGGUUUCUAAAAUGAACAUUUAAGAGGGGAGACUGAGGGUGUUCUGAAACACUUGUCUAUAAAAAAAAACUUUUUCAUUUUCUUUCCCCCUUUUGAGACAGGGUCUACCUAAAUGUAUGUAGAAACUGAAAAUAGUUAACUGAUACUCAGAUGCUGUAGCUCAGACUUUACUCUGAUAAAUGUCAGUAUUUAAACUAACUUUAGGAACUGCAAUUGAUCUUACAGACUGAAGUACAAUUUGUAAAGGGUGGAAGGUCACUUUUCUUAUAGACUCGGAGUUACUAACGCUACCUGUGCCAUGUUCACUCAGCUAUUUAUCCUAUGGAGUCGCAGGUUAAAGUUACAUACAAUAAGAUGUAAGGUACGACAUGUGAAGACAGAGCAGUACAGCUACAUAGUUGAAUUGUAUAUAGAAAAUGCUUAUUAAAUCACUUAAAAAUAUUUUUGUGUGUAAAAAUUACUAGUAAUGAGUUUUUCAAAAACUUAUUUGUUGCACUUUUGAGACCUAAAUUUGACGUUUAUAGGGUGUUAAAAUCUGUACAGAAACCUGUUUUAAGGUAUUAUUAAAGCUCAGGAAGCUAAAGUAUUAUAGGAGGAAUCUGCUGUAUAUUGAUUAUGACUCAAAAUUGGUUUCCCCCCAACUGUUCUACAUUUACUUUUAGGAAUUACGCUGUUCAUAUUUCCUCAAUAAUAAACAAAGCCAAAUGUUUGUACAAAAUAGCUAAAUGGAAUAAAUGGUUUUUUAGUGUAAAGAAGAAAGUAUUGUCUGGACUCCACUGCUACCAGAAAGACAAGGGUUAAGUAAGGCGUCGGUGGUUGCUGCCAUCCUACCUGAACAACAGCUACAUUUUCCUAGCCGAUGGUACAAAAGAGAUUACUUAUUGAUCAAGACCAGGGGUCUAGAGAGGCACAAGCACUUGAGCAGUUUUAUUUUCCUUCCAUAGCAGUCACCUCUCACAUCCAAAGGAUGAUUUUUCAGAUGGUUCAGAUCUGGCAUCCCCAAACUUCGGCCCUCCAGAUGUUUUGGACUACAAUUCCCAUCUUCCCUGACCACUGGUCCUGUUAGCUAGGGAUCAUGGGAGUUGUAGGCCAAAACAUCUGGAGGGCCGCAGUUUGGGGAUGCCUGGUUCAGAUUUUUUUUGAGGGUGUUGUUGCUAUAAGGGAAAAGUCGCCUUGCAUGUACCAAAAAACCACUAAUGUCUAAGAAGAGCUAUAAAACUUUCUGCUAUCAGUCAGGAUCAAAAUAAGUGAUCAACUUAAUCCAGUGGUCUUUAGACUUAUCCCACAAACGGCAGUCCCCCUCCCCCAUGCUACAUGGCAAACUGGCUGUAAUGCUCUCCUCCAUUUCAAAAAUAUUUUGAGAGCUAGGGGGAAAUAAAAUAAUAAUAAUAAAUAAAUAAAUAAAUAACACUUUUUUUAUUUGUACCCCGCCCAUCUGGCUGGGUUUCCCCAGCCACUCUGGGCAGCUUCCAAGAGAGAUUAAAAAUACAUUAAAAUGUCACACAUUAAAAACUUUCCCUAAACGGCUGCCUUCAGAUGUCUUCUAAAUGUCAGGUAGUUGUUUUUCUCUUUGACCUCUGGUGGAAGGGCGUUUCACAGGGUGGGUGCCACUACCGAGAAGGCCCUCCGCCUGGUUCCCUGCAACUUGGCUUCUCGCAACGAGGGAACUGCCAGAAGGCCCUCGGCACUGGACCUCAGUGUCCGGGCGGAACGAUGGGGGUGGAGACGCUCCUUCAGGUAUACUGGUUUGGGUGUUUUUAAAGUAUAAAAUUGCAUUAGCCCCAUUCUUCAUAAUGGCGCGGCUUCCAUAUUCUUCAGCAUUAGCACAUUUGCCAAGGAAACCUACUGUAUUGCUGUUAUGAACUUAAGUGUGGUGCAAUGUGUAAAGGCUAGCUUGUAUCUACAUCCAAAAUAUUUUUGAAACAUUUCUUUGAGCAAUCUUUUCUUCCAGUCGUAUUUAGUAAGAGAAACGUCUCCGGAGUAAUGAAGUCUAGGUUUGAAGGCCUACACAAAAUAGGCCAAGGAAACACUAUGCCAGAGAACAGUCUAAACAAGCUUUUAAACGGAACCUGAAGGUGUGAGGCAAACGUAGUGAAGGUUUAAGUGGUAAUGCAGGCUACGUUUUAAGGUUUGACUAAAAGAUCCAUUCCAUGAUAUGUGAAGAAAGAUACCUUUAAUUAAAAGCGUUAACGUUUAAAAAACAGUAACUUAAUGUAUUGAAUCAGAAAUACAUUUUGGCACCUGUUUUUGUACAUGUUUACCUGGACAGAUUCUGAUAUUUUCAGAAGUAUUACUUCUCAAAAGACCCAACAAAGACCAUGAUGUGAUACAGAGUAAGUGAUAAAACUUUGCAGGCACUUUCUAUUAGAUUCCAUCAAAUGAAAAAAAAAGUAUGGAUUUUAUAUUCUGAGUGUAGGAUCCUCUUGUAAUUAGAAAAUGUACCCAUUAUAAUUACUGUCAAAUUUCCAGAUGUAUAGAUGAGAGUGAACUGUAAGACAAGUAUAUGAUUGAAAGAACAUUUUGUUCAAUGGACUCUACAUCUGAAUAGGAUACAUGUUUCUGUAGAUCUUUAUCAAAUAGGCAGAUUUUAUCUGAAUUUGUUUAAAGUAACACUUUAAAUGUCCUUUUUGAUUCUAAAA